UUUCACACUACUCUUAGUCUUAGUCUCCAAGUUAUAAAACAAUAUGAAGUUUGCAAUAAAGGCCACAUUUUUUGUGCUCUGUGCUCUGCUUGUGGAGCCUGCAGCCUUGGCAUUCGGAAGAAGACAAUGGCGUUUACACAGCGAUCAGAAACAACCAUUCUCCGCCGCCSGCGAAGAAGAACACCUCGUCACUAACUUGCCCGGCCAGCCCCUCGUCGGAUUCCGCCAUUUCGCCGGCUAUGUCACCGUCAAUGACUCCCACGGAAGAGCAUUGUUUUACUGGUUUUAUGAGGCUCAAUCUCACCCUCACCAAAAACCCUUGGUUCUCUGGCUUAAUGGAGGUCCUGGGUGCUCCUCUGUGGGCUAUGGAGCAACACAAGAGAUUGGUCCUUUCAUAGUGGACAAUGAUGCAAAUGGACUUAAAUUAAAUGACUAUUCUUGGAAUAAAGAGGCCAAUAUGUUAUUCUUGGAAUCUCCUAUUGGUGUCGGCUUUUCAUACUCAAAUACAACUAGCGAUUACGACAAUCUGGGGGACGAAUUUACAGCAAACGAUGCCUAUAACUUUUUGCAAAAGUGGUUCCUCAAGUUUCCAUCGUAUAAAAACCACACUUUUUACAUCGCAGGAGAAAGCUAUGCAGGCAAAUAUGUUCCUGAGCUGGCUGAGCUCAUCCAUGAUAGGAAUAAAGAUUCUUCCUUUCACAUCAAUCUGCAUGGUGUUUUGUUGGGGAAUCCUGAAACUUCUGAUGGUGAUGACUGGAGAGGGAUGGUGGAUUAUGCUUGGAGCCACGCAGUAAUAUCUGAUGAAACCCACAAAAUAAUAAGAGAAAGCUGCGAUUUCAACAGCAAUGACACUUGGAGCAACAACAAUUGUAGCGAAGCUGUGGAUGAGUUGCUGAGCCAAUACAAAGAAAUUGACAUCUACAGCCUUUAUACCUCCCUUUGUAUUGCCAAUUCCGCAUCCGCUGAUGGCAGCUCUAUGCAAACCCUCACCAUCAAACGCUCCACUACUAUGAUGCCGAGAAUGAUGGGCGGAUAUGAUCCGUGCCUCGAUGAUUACGCAAAAACAUUUUACAACAGACCAGAUGUGCAAGAAGCCCUCCAUGUGAGUGAUGGGCACCAGCUGAAGAACUGGAGCAUUUGCAACAACACAAUAUUCGAGAACUGGUCAGAUUCAAAGCCUUCCAUUAUUCCCAUAUACGAGAAGCUCAUUGCAGCUGGGCUUAGGGUAUGGAUUUACAGUGGAGAUACGGAUGGAAGAGUUCCUGUGUUGUCCACUAGAUACAGUCUCAGCUCCCUCAGUCUCCCCAUUACCAAGGCAUGGAGGCCUUGGUACCACGAGAAACAGGUGAGUGGGUGGUACCAGGAAUAUGAAGGUCUAACGUUUGCAACAUUUAGAGGAGCUGGCCACGCAGUGCCAUGCUUCAAACCAAGCAGUUCAUUGGCGUUCUUCGCUUCGUUUCUGAAUGGAGAAUCCCCACCAUCUGCAAAAUGAUGCCCACUCAUCACUGCCUUGCUUUAAUACGUCUAAUGCCACACCUAUUACCUACUACAUAUUACUAUUAGAGUUCAAUAAAUAAUAUAAUGCUUCUGAUCAUCAGCUUUAACCACAAGAAUUUUGGUAUAUUAUUAAGCUGCCCAACCUAUUAUAAUCCAGCUCUCUAUAUGUAUCCCAAAGGAUCGGAGCAAUUUUAAUAUGUUGAAAUAGUGUAAUGUUUACUUCCCAAUUAUGGGAUGAGAAAUUUGUGUUUU